UAGCUCUUUGCAUUCAUUGGAGCCACGCGUUCUUUGAAGGCACUUUCGUGGGUUAUAGCGGGCAAAAUUCCGGUGCGUGUCUCGUGGACCGUGCUGUCGCGAAAAUUACAAAAUAUCACUUCUAAGUGCGUGGGUGUGUUUGAAUUUAUCCUAUAGACUCGCGGGUGAAAGGUCAUACAGAGAGUGGGGGAAGUGUGUGUAAGCUAUCUCGUGAAUGUGGAUGAUUCCCCAAAAUCACUGACGCUUCUCGUGCAUUUCCUGGGUGUAAUUUGCGUAAAUGUUGUGAUCCACAAUGCUCGGAGUGUGCUCAGUGAUUUGUCCGCAUCGCACCACCAAGAAAUUUCUGUGAUUAUUCAUCCCAUCGCAGGGCAACCAUAUAGCUACAUUCAUGCUGCGAAGUAAAUUGCUCCCGAUGCUUGCGUUCAUCACUGUUGUUUGAGGCUUUUUGCAUAUGUACAUAUUGGUUUGGGUCAUAGCACUCUCGCUUGUAGCACUUGAUGGUAGCAAAAAAGAACCACACUCAUUGUUACAAUGUACCAAGAAUCGCAGGAAAUCAAUCCAGAUCGCCAGAAUUCAUCGUUCUCCAGUUGUGGGAAAGCCUCCUCUCCCAUGGGCAAGUGCAUAUCGAGGGUUACCACCGGAAAGUCACAUCAUAGCUUCGGAAGCACCCAACACUUGGCCAUCUCGGAGGGGAGUUUCGACGGUUCGUGCAUUGAUGAGGGUCAAUCGGAGAGCAAGAAAGGCGGCAAGAAGGAACGUGGCAAUGGUACGGUGGAAACCAAAGGUACAGCAAUGUCCUUUGGGUUCCGCAAGAAAUCAACACUGGCAGGAAAGAAGAAUGGGAAUGCUGGCACUAAGGAGAAGGAGAAGAUUCAGCCGGAUGCGGAAGUGACUGUGAUAGGGAAUCGGGGUGUGCUCAAAUCCAAUCUCAUUGAGAACGACAAGAAUGGCAAUUCAGGAUCGACAAAUUCUCUUGACGAAGCUGUUCAAACUGGAAGGUCAACCCCGAGACUUUCAGCUCCGAAAAAGGAGAUGGCCGGGACAAAUUACAGAAGCAAUCGCUUUGGCUUUCGCCAGAGUAAUGUUGUGAGGCCUGCAUCGACGGGAUUGACACCGAAAAUUGCAGACUUCGACAGUAAUCCCAACAACAAUGCAAUAGCAGAUAAACGUCGCUCGAAGAGUGCAUCGGCACAGCGAUCGUCCACCACACAGAUCAAUGAGAUGCAUCAGAAAGUGACGAAUCAGCAGGAUCCCAAAAUAGCAGCAGCGGCAAUUCAUCAGCACCAACAAAACUUGAGAGCAGCAUUCUUCGAGCCACAGCCAAAGACCACCACCGUACGGACGGCUUUCCACACGAAUGACAUUGUUCGGCCGUCGCCACAGCUGGCGGUUACCCCCUCAGUCACCAAAUUGACGCUACAUACAGCUCAACUACCGCGUCCUCAAGUUCCUGUGCCCAUUAGUCUCAACAACACACGCCCCAUGGAUCCCAAAGGAGCGAAGCAGGCACUCAACAACAGCCGACGCUCAUUCUUUGCCGGCACAACCAGUCGCGAUACAUCCCUUGACUCGGGAAUAUCAAGCUAUGCCAGCAGCCAAGCAACAUCAGCAGGAAGGAAGGCACGUGUCCGUCAGAGGAAUCUCGAAGUUAUCAUGAAUGGACGUCACACAUUCCAAGUGCGUGACCUCGAUGAUUCCCUCUCAGAUGAAACUAUUGUACCCCUUGUGCUCCCGAAGCUUCCUAGCGCUUUUCAGGCUUCCCGCCAGCCAGCUCCCAUAAACGGCCUCAUCCGCAUUGAUCAGCCAAAUUAUCGUGAAUUCCAUCGUGAUCAUGGAUCUCCUCCGAGGAAACCAUCAAUCCCAUCUGAUGUGGAAAGUCUCGAAGAGGAUGGUGAAGAGGGGAAACUCUUCCGCGACAAGGCGGCAUCUGAGAAGAAAUUAUCCCAAAUUGAAGCUAUCAAGGACUUCUCACCAAGUAGCAAACAAUCUUCCCCGGGAAGUUCUCGUGCAUCGUGGGGACACGCAGGGGAAUCAAUGGCCCAUAAGGAUUUCAGCAGUCUCAGCCUGAGCAGCAGUGACGACAGCAAGGAACCCCAGAGGGUAUCGUCCAUUGUUAUCAGAGACGACGACAUCACAUCCAUCACAUUCACUCUCGAUCAGCCACACACACUCUCCUCGGCAGCUGACUACCUUCCGCCCUAUCGUCUUGGUAGGGAUGCAAAUCCACGGGAGGAAUCUCUAGCUCUGCGCGAGGAUACGCAAUUUGCAGAAAUGGCUGCUGCAGUGAGUGAUGUCCUUCUGGAUGAUGAAACAUCACCAACGGAUAGUCUGGUCAGUAGUUGCACAGACACAGAUGAACUCAUGAAGAAGAGUGUCAACAAGAGAAAAUCCCUCGAAGGGAUGCACAUUUCGAAGGAAAUGGAGAAGGAUAUCGAUGAGAUUUCACCGGAAUUAGACGAUAUAAAUCUUAUUAGUCCCGUAAUGAUUGGAACACCCACGCAUGCAUCUAAUUCUCUUUCACUCUCAGAAGCUGGAAGGGAUUUCCUCAUUGAUGAUGAAAUUGCAGAUCAACCAGCACUCGUCUUUACAGACAAAAAUGAAACCACAUCAAACAUGCAAGUUUCAACAGCAGACACAGUGACCCUGCAAGAGGUGAAUUCAACGGAAAAUUUGGGCGAUCUGGCAGCAAGUAUGACCCAAUCGGGCCAAAGGAUUUUCACUAAUGGCCCACCCCAGCAGGCCCCCAAGGCGCCACGACGUCUACAACGCUCUGAGUCUCUGGACACACUCUCACCGUGCGAAUCAAUUGCAUCGGAUGACCUAAUGAUUGACUACCAGAGUCAAUCGAGCCUGGAUUCGGUGGAGAAAAUCCAAUCAAAUGGGAGUGGUGGCAGUGGUUCGGCACUGCACUCAAUGGAUGAGAAUCAACUGUGGUCGGAGCUUGAGGCACAGGGAGGAGAACUUCUGCGGGAGUGGAGCAGUCUCUUGCGCGUUAACGGCUCCAAGCCUGGGACCAGGGAUAGCAUAACAUCCCAGCUUCCGGCAAGAGCGACGCGCCUUUUAAAUCGUUCCCGCCUUCAGAGUACCAUCAGUACCGCAGGAUCAGACAGUCCGCGCUCCCUGGACGGAGUACCACGACGGGCACAGUCACUGUCCAAGACAAAUUCCCCGCAAUUCUUCCGGGAGUCCAAUACGUGCUCCCCUGAUUCCAUCUACAUGGACAAAUCCACACGUAAUGCCAUGAUUCAGGAUAUUGCGUACUUCAAGAAGCAGCUACUUCGCCUAAAAUGUCUGCUGCAGGAGGACGAAGACAAUUUGAUGAUGGGUGAUCCUCUCAACUCAUUUGAACACAAUAAUGGGCAGAUCUUCAAUUCCUGCGCACCAGACAGCAAUCUCGGUAGCCUCUCGAGUCUCCAGAGUGAAUCAACAUCCAACGAAGAUCCUCGCAAAGAGAUGGCGGAACUGAGAAGACAGGUGGUUUUCCUUCAGACUGAACUUGAUGAUAGAGACAGAACAAUAAAGAUCCAAAAAAAUAUAAUUGCAAAGUACGAAGCGGAGAAGUUAAAGAAUAAAAAUCAGACAAAUACAAUGGAAACAGCUACACAAACUGAAAGGGUUAAACCAAUUGCAGCAUUGGCACAAGAUCAAAUAAGCAGAAUUGAUGCGAAUGGCGUGUCCCAGAGUCCUCAGCGAUGUAUCACCACAACAACUUCCAUUUCCUUUAAGAGCCCCUCCAAGACAGCAUCCGUGAAGCCCGUAAAGGCCACACCAAUUGGGAAUGUAACAAAUAUUGCCAAUUCGCAGAAGUACGUGAGGAGUUUUAGUGUGGAUGAUGCCCUUUCGGCGGGCAAAUGUGGCGCCAAGAAUGGCAAAAUCUCCGCGGGUCCCAUCUCCCUGCCCAUGAUCAAUGGAAGUCGCAAAAUUCCCAUCUUGAGCACCGUCCCUAAAAAUCCUCCUGCACGAAUUCCACGCUCCUCGUUGUCCUCCUCCCGCAGUGACUCCGUCAAUAGUAGCUCAUCCAGCUUGAGUGAGAGCACAGAUCGAAAGUCUCUCCCCGCGAAACUCCUCACCACCGUGGCCAAGUAAAAGAGGCUAAGAUACUUAGAAAAUUAACUUUAACCAUGUGAUAAGAGACAAAAAGGAAAACUAAAGCCCAAACCCACGUAAAAAGGACCUGCUAAAUGGGAUAUGGCGCGUGUGCAUUGUGCAAAAAUGAGAUCUUCCGCCCUAAACUGAAAACUUACAAAUUGCUAAAGCAUUUAUAUAAUAAUUAUUUAGAGAGGAAGUUGAAGAUAUUAACUGUUAGCUAAAUUAUUAUAUAUUUUUUUGUAAUAGUUUUUUAAGCUUCACCUUUGAAGAAUUCUUCUCAAAUUUUCUGUUUUCUCUUUUUUUUAACAUCUUAAUGACAAAUCUUUAAAAACAAAAAUACUUAGCCGUAGAAUUAUUAUAAUAUUAAAAGUCUUGUUUCCUGUCCAAUCAUUAUGUCAUAAUACAUGAACAUUUAGAACAAUGCAUAAUGUAUUUAUCAAUGAAAAA